AAGAGUUGGAUCGAGUCAAUGUCUUUUCUGUCGCCCACACUGCGCUUGGAGAAUCUGGCCACGCAGCCCAUCAUGACGCAGGAUCAUGUGCCCGAGGACCAGCGCUACAACAAACAGAAUAUAGUGGCCCAAUGGUGUGUCCCCAUCAAUGGCAAGAUGUACCGCAGAGAGCUGGAACAUGGCACAACUAGUGGGCGGCGCAUGAUUUGGGUCAAUUCGCAGGAGGUCCUGCGACGCGACUGGAUGUUCAAGCUGGUCGGUGAGGAGACCUUUCACAUCGAUCAGUCCCGCUGCAUUAUACGCGUUGAUCCAGCACCAGGCUUCAAGUACGAGUACUCCCUGUACAUCGAUGGCAAGUCGCAUGACCAGUACACAGAGGACGUCACACGUCAGUACCGGCUCUGGCUCAGCACUUGCCACUCUUCGAGCACCUCCGAAACACCCGCCCAGGAGUAUCGAAUAAUGCUCAAGCUGGACACCCUGAGUCUGUACGUAAACGAUGACCUGCGCGAGGAGGAGGUAGGUGACAGGUGUGGCAAGAGAUGAGAGGUUCCCCUAAGCAUUCCCCCAUUUCACAGUCUG